UUUUUUUUGUGAACUCUUCAAAAUGGCUUGUCCUUGUAACAAAGAUUCUUGCAAAUGCUCUGCUGCUUCUUGCAACUGUGGUCAAAACUGUACUUGUAACGACUGUGGUGCUAAACACAGUGAUGCCUGUACUUGCAAAGGAACUAACAAUGGAUGCAACUGUGGUUCUAACUGCAAGUGUUAAAAAUUCCUUCUUCUACCAAUCAUUUUUUUUUUUUUAUUAAAACCUACUUUGCAUGAAAAUGCACACUUUUUCUGUGUCUCG